ACGGGGCAAGAUGGGGCGCCGUCCGGCCCGAUGCUACCGUUACUGUAAGAACAAGCCUUACCCGAAGUCGCGUUUCUGUCGUGGUGUGCCCGACCCCAAGAUUCGCAUCUAUGACUUAGGAAGGAAGAAGUCCGAUGUCCGCGAAAUGCCCCUGUGCGUUCAUCUCGUGUCUGACGAGUAUGAGCAGCUGUCCUCGGAGGCUCUGGAGGCCGGCCGUAUCUGCGCCAACAAGUAUCUUGUAAAGCACUGCGGUAAGGAUCAGUUCCACGUGCGCGUUCGGCUCCACCCCUACCACGUUAUCCGCAUCAACAAAAUGUUAUCGUGUGCUGGUGCUGAUAGAUUGCAGACCGGAAUGCGUGGUGCCUUUGGUAAACCCCAGGGCACUGUUGCCCGUGUCCAGAUCGGUCAGCCCAUCAUGUCUGUGAGGACCCACGACCGUCACAAGGAGCAGGUCAUCGAGGCUCUCCGACGUGCCAAGUUCAAGUACCCUGGACGUCAAAAGAUCUUUGUUUCCCGCAAAUGGGGCUUCACCAAGUUCGACCGUGAAGAUUUUGAGGACCUCCUGGCCAAGGGUCGCCUUAGGCCUGACGGUGUGACUGUGCAGUACCUCCCAGAACAUGGUCCCCUUAAUAGAUGGAAGAAGGUCCAGUUGGAACUUGCUGGUCUUGCUUAAGUCUCAUUAAACAUGAAGGAAUGA